AUGUACUCAGGCUUUGGCGGUGGGUAUGACCCCGCUAACCCGGAGCACCUCUACAACAUGGCUCGCCAUGGACGACGACCCAUCAUGCAACGCUUCGACGAAUACUACCGAUGCUAUCCUCUCAUUAUGGCCCCUGGAGCUGAGCGACCAGAGCUCAACUACGGAUCAAAGAUUAUUCUGCCACCCUCGGCUCUCGAUAAGGUGUCCAAGCUCCACGUACAGUGGCCUCUGCUUAUGGAGUUGAUCAACGGAGAGAAGGGAUGCCAUUCGCAUGCUGGUGUGUUGGAAUUUAUCGCAGAGGAAGGCAGAGCAUACAUUCCUCAAUGGAUGAUGGUGACACUUGGCAUGGAUGUAGGUGAUAUGAUCCAAAUCCGCACAACAUCUCUGGAGCUGGCCAAGAUGGUUAAGCUACAGCCCCAGUCUGUCAAUUUCCUUGAGAUUAGUGAUCCCAAGGCAGUACUGGAGAAGGCGUUCCGUAACUUUGCCACCCUGACCAAGGGUGAUGUUUUCAACUUCUCCUAUAACGACGAAGUAUACGAUGUGGCUGUUCUUGAUGUCAAACCUGAGACGGACAAGAUGGGAGUCAGUAUGAUCGAAACCGAUGUGUCGGUAGAGUUCGCACCACCAGUCGGUUACGUGGAACCCGAACGCCAGAGCGGAACAAGCACCCCCAGAAGCACACGAGGCGGUGUUCCUGCCGGAGGUCUACUACACAACCAAGGAACCAUGGCUCAGGCCAUCAACUAUAAUGCGAUCGCUCCGUCAGUUACCAGCAACGUGACCAACUUCCUUGGAGAGGGCCAGAAGCUUGUCAAGAAGGGCAGCAAGGCACCAACACCAAAGCCAGCCACUCCUGUUCCUACAGUGGAUAUACCUGGAAUGCCUAAGCGCCGCGACGGUGCCCCGGCGGCCCUCCGUCUGCCACCAAAUAAGCUUUUCUUCGGAUACGAGAUUAAGCCUGUAAAGACGGACGCCGAUAAGGAGAAGGAAAAAGAGAACGCCAACAAGCCCCAAUUUGCCGGUCAGGGUCAAACUCUCCGAGGUGCGGUUAAGAGAAAGGGGGAGGGAGACGACAAGACCAAGGCACCCGAGAAGAAGGGCACUAGUGAAGGAAACAGACUGGAUGGUCGACGACCGAGGUAA